CCUGACUUCGCCAUGCAGGACGCUCACAUCAUGACAGCGGACAUGAGGUUGCUUUUGAUUCCCCUUCGGUUUCUAUGAGUUUGGUUCAGGCCGACGAGGCUAGCCCCACUUUCUUUCAGUUCCCAAUAAUGGAAGGCACACGACGGCCCGCUCUCUCCAUCCACCAAUUACUAAAAUUUGAAGACAACGCUGGCCUCAACUGACCUUGUCGGACUUAAUUGUCAAGUUAUCGUCGGCUUUAUUUGUUCGGGUUGCAUGAGAGCCCCAAGUAAUGAAGAAUGCCGCCCACCAUUCCGCAGCGCGGCGGGCCCGGCGGAUUGAAGCGCCCAGGCGUCGCUGGAAAGACAAUUGUCGGUGCAAAGAGGCAUAGAAAGAUUAUCAAAGAUUGCAUUCGAGGUAUCACGAAGCCUGCAAUUCGGCGUCUGGCCCGACGUGGCGGCGUCAAGCGCAUCUCCGCUGGUAUUUACGAUGAGGCGCGUGAUGCGCUCAAAACUUUCCUCACUACGGUGGUUCGAGACGUCGUCACAUAUACAGAGUACCGCAACUGCAAGACCGCUACAACGAACGACGUGAUUUUUGCGCUGAAGAGACUCGGUCGGCCCAUUUACGGCUUUGAUCCCGAGACGCACAACUCGAGUAGGGUCAAGAAGAUGACCAGCAAUGCGGCCCAGGACGCCGAGUGAACGAGACGUUGAGUCGAGCGCUCUUUGGGGAUGUUCCUGACACGCUCGCUAGCGAGGUGGAUGACUCGGCUAAUUUUUUCUUGUUUGGAGUUGGGGAUCAGGUGUUCGGAACUUGAUGAAACUGAUACCAUGGUCUGCUGUUGGCUUUGAGUGCGGAAAACAAUUUUACCCUGGUUUGUUGUGAGGGUGGAACUCACGUGGUAGGUAAACCCCAUGUCUCUUCACUGUAAUCAUUUCAUAUUCUUUCUUUCUUUCCUCUUCCUCUUUAUCUUUAUCUUCCUCUUUGUCUCUAUCUUUAUCUUUCUCUUUUUUCUCCUCUUACCUUUAUUCUUAUAUUCUAGUAUUGUAUCUUUCUUGGAAGGCUCCAAGAGAAGACCUCAUACCUACAGGCCUGAUAAAGGCCUGUGGAAGGCCAUAUUUGUGACGAAUCUCGAAACCCCUACUUCUGAAAGGGACUCCUGAAGGUUUAAUUUGACAACGGGUGAGGU